GCGGCGGCCGGGCCCUCCUCCGGCCUCCUCCCUCCCUCAGCGGCGGCCUCCGCCUCCGGGUCAACUCACUGUCCUAAAAACCAAAUUUCCCAGGAGAAGAGACAGAAGAGAGAGCUCCUAUAAGAAAGGCGUGGGUACCCCAUGAACGAGCCAGCAGAAAACCAGUUGGGGUACACCGGGACUCCAGAGCCAGACCUAAGGCUCAGAAAGGGCCACUGCCUUGAUGGUAGCCACAGAGGCCAGGAGGACAGCUGCCCGGGAGGCCUGGAGCCCGCUCUAGGGGCUUCUGUCUGUCCUUCUCUCCAUUCACACGGCGCGGAGCACCCCGGGAGCGACGAUGGCGUGUCUCAGGGGGACGAGGGGUUCAUGGGCAUGUCCCCCCUCCUGCAGGCCCACCACGCCAUGGAGAGAGUGGAGGAGUUCGUGUGCAAGGUGUGGGAGGGCCGCUGGCGCGUGAUCCCGCAUGACGUGCUGCCCGACUGGCUGAAGGACAAUGACUUCCUGCUGCACGGGCACCGGCCGCCCAUGCCCUCCUUCCGCGCCUGCUUCCGCAGCAUCUUCCGCAUCCACACGGAGACCGGCAACAUCUGGACCCACCUCCUGGGCUGCGUGUUCUUCCUGUGCCUGGGCAUCUUCCACAUGUUCCGCCCCAACAUCUCCUUCGUGGCCCCCCUACAAGAGAAGGUGGUCUUCGGGCUCUUCUUCCUGGGCGCCAUCCUCUGCCUCUCCUUCUCGUGGCUCUUCCACACCGUCUACUGCCACUCGGAAGGGGUCUCCCGGCUCUUCUCCAAACUGGACUACUCGGGCAUCGCCCUCCUGAUCAUGGGGAGCUUCGUCCCGUGGCUCUACUACUCCUUCUACUGCAACCCGCAGCCCUGCUUCAUCUACCUGAUAGUCAUCUGCGUGCUGGGCAUCGCCGCCAUCAUCGUCUCCCAGUGGGACAUGUUCGCCACCCCUCAGUACCGCGGGGUCAGAGCAGGCGUGUUCCUGGGCCUGGGCCUGAGUGGCAUCAUCCCCACCCUGCACUAUGUCAUCUCGGAGGGCUUCCUGAAGGCGGCCACCAUCGGGCAGAUCGGCUGGCUCAUGCUCAUGGCCAGUCUGUACAUCACAGGGGCCGCGCUCUACGCCGCGCGCAUCCCGGAGCGCUUCUUCCCUGGCAAAUGUGAUAUCUGGUUCCACUCCCAUCAGCUCUUCCACAUCUUCGUGGUGGCUGGCGCCUUCGUCCACUUCCACGGCGUCUCGAACCUGCAGGAGUUCCGGUUCAUGGUCGGCGGGGGCUGCUCGGAGGAGGACGCGCUGUGACGGCCGCGCCGGCGGGCCUCACCCGCUCCGGCCCCACGCGCCUGCCGCGGCCGCCCAGCCCCGUGGGCCUUGGGCGUGGCCCGGGGACCCAGCCUGGCACAGGCCGAGGAGAGAAAAGCAAAAAUAAAUCAUACCUCACGGAAGGGCGUCGUUGGCAGGGCGGCC